AUGUCGCCCAGCGCAACCACGGCCGGCCCGGCCACAAAGGUGCGGUCCAACGCCUCGCGCGCCUCGUCCAAGAGGGAGCGGGCGCUGCUCGAGAACGGCUACCCGCACGGCCACCUGGGCCACCUGACGGCCGACGAGGAGGACGCCCUGAAGAGGUUCAAGGCCUACCUCGGCGACAAGGGCCUGUACACGCCGGGCCCGCCGUCGCCGUCGCACGACGACCCCACGCUGCUGCGCUUCCUGCGCGCCCGCAAGUGGGUCGUCCCCGACGCCUACGCCCAGUUCAAGGACACGGACGAGUGGCGCCGCGCCAUCCAGCUCGACGUGCUGUACGACACCAUCGACGUCGAGGCCUACGAGCAGAGCAGGCGGCUGCGCGGCAUCCCCCUCUACCUCUUCGAGAUCCGCCACCUCGACUCGAAGACCAUCUCCGCCUACGAGAAGUCCGUCGACAAGACCUACUCCAAGGCCGCCGCCCCGCCCGCCUCCAUGCACACCCCGCCCAAGCUGAUCCGCCUCUUUGCGCUCUACGAGAACCUCACCCGCUUCGCCCAGCCCCUGUGCACCCAGCUCACCGACCGCGAGCACCCGGCCACCCCAAUCACCCUGUCCACCAACAUCGUCGACGUCGGCGGCGUCAGCCUCAAGCAGUUCUGGAACCUCAAGGGCCACAUGCAGGCCGCCAGCCAGCUGGCCACCGCCCACUACCCCGAGACCCUGGACCGGAUAUUCAUCAUCGGCGCCCCGGCCUUCUUCUCCACGGUCUGGGCCUGGGUCAAGCGCUGGUUCGACCCGGUGACCGUCUCCAAGAUCUUCAUCCUGGGCCACCACGAGGUCCUCCCCGUGCUGUCGUCCUACAUCGACCCGGCCAACAUCCCCCGCAAGUACGGCGGCACCCUCGACUUCGCCUGGGGCGACAUGCCCAACCUGGACCCGGUGAUCCGGGACGCCGCAGACUGGGAGGGCGACGCCGCGGCAAAGGCCAGCCCGGCAUUCCCCAAGGGCCCCGCGUACUGGCGGCCAAUCGACGGCGGGAGGAGGCUCGAGUGCGUCGCCGUCGGCAGCGUCGACAAGAAGGAGCGGUGUGUCAGGGUGUGCACCAUCCCCGUUGCGUUCCCCGCGGGCGAGGCGGCGGCGGAGGCGCAGCCCCAGGGCGAGGGCGAGGCUGCUGCUCCCGCUGUGGUGAACGGCGCGGGCAGCAGUGAGGCGAAGGAUGCGCCUACGGAGCCAGCAGCCCCAGCCGCGGCCCCGGCCGCGGAGGAGGAGAAGGAGCCCGCGACUGCAGCAGCAGCACCCGCUACUCUCGCCCCGCCGGCCGCGGCCACGUCGCCCACGACAGCGGGGGCAGACCCCGCGAGCCCUGCCGACGAGGAGUUCAAGACGCCCCUGGGCUCGCCGCUCGUCGGCGCGGCGCAGCAGCUGUCGCUGGAUGAUGAGAAGAAGCCCAACGGGGAGGCGGCCGUGCCCAACGGGACGCCUGUUGUGGCCUCAUGA